ACAGCUCCUAUGUUCCGUGAUGUCCCACCUGUGGCCCCCGUCACCACGAUCAUCCCGAGAUCAGAGUCACUAACUGACGCUUACAUCAGCAACCGAAAGUCGACUGUUGAUCUCCCCGCAAUCAUCCCAGCGAUUGUUCUAUCUCCAAAUGAAAAAGCUGAACCUCGGUUUCAGAAGUUUGAAAGUGACAAGAAGUGGGCCACACCUACAAUUAAACAUCAAGGUCCAAUGGUGGGCAGAUCUCCCACCAAGAACCCGACGGGAAACGUUUUGCCAAGAGACGAUGAUGCUGUUAGUCUCGUAGCUGAUGAUGACAUCACGCCACGUGACAAAAUAGUAACCCCGCCACGUGUCACGCCAAAGAUGGGGUUCAAGGAAAAACCCUUGCUGGUUGGGGGAAAGGUCUUCGAUGGAGUUGGAUUUGAUGACGCAACGGACAAACCUUACGUCUACAACACAAAAACAGGGGAGGUAAGUUACGACGUUGACAAGAAUGACGUCCGUUUAACGUCAGACGACACCAACAACGUCUUCCCGUCCGAUAGCAGCGUGAGCACAGUUUCAUUCACUUCAACAUCAUCGUCUACCCCAUCGUCGACAUCACGAACUAUAGGUUCUCUUCCGAAUCUCAACACCAAUGAAAAACCGCCAUCAGACGACAAACCACUCAAACACAAUGCUGCUCGGACGUCAUCCCAUCUUGAUCUCCAAACCGGAAGUCUCCACGACUUUUCGACAGCUCUGAAGAACCCAAGAUCCGCUUUCACCGAAAGUAUUGACUCCGGUCUCGGAGAAUUCAACAAGCAGAGCAACGACAGCAGUCACUCCAGCGAUGGCAACGCCACCAACACUAUCCCUCGUAGAGACCAGCACGGCGAUAAGCGCACGUCGUGGUUCAUCAGGACCAUCCCCCGCGACCCGGGUAACAAACAGGACGUUCUCAGCCGGGACCCCUUCUACUGCCAGUGGGCGAAGGGAAUUGCGAAAAGAGGGAAACGACCUCGGCCCCUCGACAAGGUUGUGAGCCCCGGUGACGUGUCGUCCUAUAUCUCCAGUAGCGGUGACUCUUUACCUGCCCAGAAAAUAUCAACACAAGACUGGAUGUUGGAGGGUAGCCCGUAAAAUAUUUUAACGUCCAGGGCCCUGUUUCACAAAGUGAUCUUUGGGCUUAGUUGAUUGUAAUUCACCGAGAACGCGAUCUUAAACUGGCUUCUCACCUCGUCAGUGAGAAUGAAAUAUAUUACUCAAAACAAUUAAGGCAUGACAGAUUAAGUAAUAAUAUGAAACAGUCGGCCGACCCUUAACUUCUUUUGAGUAGUAUAGUGUUAGAUGUUUCUGUACCUGGACGCUGCUAGGAAACUGAAAAUUAAUAUUCUGUGUGUUUUGUAGAAUAUUUUGUUCACAGAUUUUACAAAAAAAUAUCAGUAACAAUUUGAUCAGUUAUGUAUAUUGUUGUUUUAAAUAAUUUCAACUUUAUUUUAUUGCAUGACAUCUGUUCCAUUUUUUUUAAAUAACGAUAGUCGUAAAAUAUCCUUUAAUUCGUGACACUGAUACGCUACAAGGUUUAUGUCCUUCGACUACCAAUGUUCUUUGUUGUCUGUCGAUAUUACCGUUGUCGUAGUAAAAUGUAACUUUGACAAAACAAGUUUCCGACAUGGCAAGUUGACCUGGUUCAUAUUAAUGAGGUUUCCGAUACGACAGGUUGAUUUAUAUUAUUUCAUGGUCAAUGGGUUGCAUUCAUUUUGCAAAUAUUGUAUUUUGUACAGAAGUAGGAGUGACAUCAAACACAUGGGUCAUUAUUAGCCGGAUUAUAGAAGCCCCUUCGCGUUGAUGUAAUGGUAAAGUUAGUUUGUGUUACCUUGUUCUAAGGGGCGGUCGGGUAGCCUAGUGGUUAAAGCGUUCGCUCUUCACGCCGAAGACCCGGGUUCGAUUCCCGACAUGGGUACACUGUGUGAAGCCCAUUUCUGGUGGCCCCCGCCGUGAUAUUGCUGGAAUAUUGCUAAAAGCGGCGUAAAACCAAACUCACUCACACUACAUUGUUCUAAACGCCCUUGUUCCAGAAACAACUGACCAGCAUAACCAUAUGCAUGUAUGUUCAUUGACAAUUUUAGUUAAA